GGGAGGAGGCCUCAGCAGCAGAGAGAAGUGGCCAGAGAGGCCCAGGGGACAGCCAGGGACAGGCAGACAUGCAGCCAGAGCCCCAGGGCCUGGAUAGGGGCCCCAGGGCCCCGUGACAGGAGGACCCCGAGCCCCAGGCCCGGGGAGAGGGCCAUGGUGCUGCCUGCCCGACAUGUCAGCCGAGGUACGGCUGAAGCGACUCCAGCAGCUGGUGCUGGACCCUGGCUUCCUGGGGCUGGAGCCCCUGCUCGACCUUCUCCUGGGCGUCCACCAGGAGCUGGGCGCCUCCGACCUGGCCCAGGACAAGUACGUGGCCGACUUCUUGCAGUGGGCCCCAAUACAUUUUCCCAAAGUGUGGUCCAGGAGCCACUUGCAUCUAAACCUGGAGUGGAGCCCAUCGCGGCGAGGCUUAAGGAGGCCAGACUACAGAGGAAUGACUUCGAGAUUCUAAAGGUGAUCGGGCGCGGAGCGUUCAGCGAGGUAGCGGUGGUGAAGAUGAAGCAGACAGGCCAAGUGUACGCCAUGAAGAUCAUGAAUAAGUGGGACAUGCUGAAGAGAGGCGAGGUGUCGUGCUUCCGCGAAGAAAGGGAUGUGUUGGUGAACGGGGACCGGCGCUGGAUCACGCAGCUUCACUUCGCCUUCCAGGAUGAGAACUACCUGUACCUGGUCAUGGAGUACUACGUGGGCGGGGACCUGCUAACGCUGCUGAGCAAGUUUGAGGAGCGGAUCCCGGCCGAGAUGGCGCGUUUCUACCUGGCCGAGAUUGUCAUGGCCAUAGACUCGGUGCACCAGUUGGGCUAUGUGCACAGGGACAUCAAACCGGACAAUAUUCUGCUGGACCGCUGUGGCCACAUCCGCUUGGCCGACUUUGGUUCCUGCCUCAAGUUGAGGGCAGAUGGAACGGUGCGGUCGCUGGUGGCAGUGGGCACCCCGGACUACUUGUCCCCUGAGAUUCUGCAGGCCGUGGGCGGCGGACCCGGGACAGGCAGCUACGGGCCUGAGUGUGACUGGUGGGCGCUGGGCGUGUUUGCCUAUGAAAUGUUCUACGGCCAGACGCCCUUCUACGCAGACUCCACUGCCGAGACUUAUGGGAAGAUAGUGCACUACAAGGAUCAUCUGUCUCUACCGGUGGUGGAUGCAGGGAUCCCAGAGGAGGCUCGCGACCUCAUCCAGAGGCUACUCUGUCCCCCGGAGAUGCGGCUGGGCCAGGGUGGAGCAGGCGAUUUCCAGAAGCAUCCUUUCUUCUUUGGCCUCGACUGGGAGGGUGUUCGUGACAGCGUGCCCCCCUUUACGCCAGAUUUUGAGGGUGCCACUGACACGUGCAACUUCGAUGUGGUGGAGGACGGGCUCACUGCCAUGGUGAGCGGGGGCGGGGAGACACUGUCAGACAUGCAGGAAGGCAUGCCGCUGGGAGUCCACCUGCCAUUCGUGGGCUACUCCUACUCCUGCAUGGCCCUCAGGGAUGAUGAGGUCCCAGGCCCCAGGCCCAUGGAACUGGAGGCCGAGCAAUUGCCUGAGCCACCCGAGCAAGCACCCAGGCCAGAGCUCCCCGUGCCCCUACCAGAGGAGACUGCCGAAGCAGCAGUUUCGGAGGCUUUGCCUGAGGCAGCAGAAGCCGAGGCCGAGGUGACGCUGCGAGAGCUCGAGGAGGCCCUGGAGAAGGAGGUGCUUACCCGGCAGAGCCUGAGCCGGGAGCUGGAGACCAUCCGUACGGCCAACCAGAACUUCGCCAGUCAACUCCGCGAGGCCGAGGCCCGGAAUCGAGACCUGGAGGCGCACGUCCGACAGCUCCAGGAGCGGAUGCAGUUGCUGCAGGCUGAAGGGGCCGCAGCUGUCACGGGGGUCCCCAGUCCCCGGGCUACGGAUCCACCUUCCCAUCUAGAUGGCCCCCCGGCCGUGGCUCUGGGCCAGUGCCCGCUGGUGGGGCCAGGCCCCAUGCACCGCCGCCACCUGCUGCUCCCUGCCAGGGACCCUAGGCUUGGCGUAUCGGAGGCGCGUUCCCUGCUCUUGUUCGCCGCUGCUCUGGCUCGUGCCGCCGCCUUGGGCUGCUCUGGGUUGGUGGCCUACGUCGGCCACCUCACCCAACUCUGGCGCCUCCCGGGAGCCGCCUUCGCCCCCUGAACCCUAGUACUCCAGCCUGUCCUCCACUCGGGCUGCGCUGGACGGUUGAGUGAUCUGGCUUGGCCCAGAGGCCACUUCCACCGCCCUCCGGUUCUCAUCACUUUUAGCUACCGUCUCCGUCCCAGCUUCAGCCCUGUGAUCCGGGCCCGCUCCCUGGCGGUCGGGGAGGGAAGAGCCGGGCCGCGGCCGGAGCACCGGGCUCUCGGGAGGCCUGUAGCCGGGAAUGCUGCUGCUGCUGGUGGGAAUCGUGGGCCACUUCCUUUUUCCGGCCUUGCUGAGGCCCCGACAUGGAUGGGCAAACCACGAUCUAGAGAAGGCAGCAGGGCCCAGGGCUCGGACAUCCGUUUUUCACACUCCACGUACCCGCUCCCCCGUCGGUCUGCAGUCCACAAAUCCUCUGUGCAUGAGACCCUGCUCUCGGGAAACUUUUGCUUUUGGCAGCCCCAUUUUCUCGGGGGCUCUCGUGCUCUGCUCUCGGAGCCACAGCCAGCUUCUCCCGCCUCGGCGAUUUGGGUAUUUAUUGACCUGUCCUCCGACCCGCUGACAGGCUCCAGGACCCCAGCACCCUAAUCCACGUUUUGGAUGCACUGAGACCCCGACAUUCCUCGGUAUUUAUUGCCUCUCCCCACCUGGGACCCCACCCCCAGUCCCCGCGAAAUAAAAGGCCCUCUCGUCUUCCCAAA